AUGAGUGUCAUGUUUGCAAAUUCGCGGUCCAGUCAAAUGAAUAAUGGUUAUUUAGUUGAGUUCAAGGCCGGCAGGUCGAAUUUGCAAGCGGGGUCAACGGUAGAUAGACGAAAGGUUGUAGCUGAUAAAACGAAAGGAUUAGUUUUUAUCAAGCAAUCCAGUGAUCAACUAAUGCAUUUCUGCUGGAAAAAUCGUGAAACUGGAGCGAUUGUUGAUGAUUUGAUCAUUUUUCCUGGUGACACAGAAUUUUUACGAGUGAAGGAAUGUACGGACGGUCGCGUCUAUAUGUUGAAAUUCAAAAGCACAGAUGAAAAACGUUUAUUCUGGAUGCAAGAUGGGAAAGCUGAUAAAGACGAUGAAAACUGUAAAAAAGUAAAUGAAACGUUAAAUAAUCCUCCAGCACCACGAGCCGCAGCACGCGGAGGAACCGAUCGUGCUGGCGCUUCAUCGUUUGGUACUUUAGCAGCUUUGGGCAAUGCUGGUGCGGAUGGUGAACUUGGAGCAUUGGGAAAUUUAGAUCAAAGUCAAUUAAUGCAGUUACUUUCAUUGAUGAAUCAUACCAACGGUGCAUCAGCUGGUGAAGCAACCAAUCUUCUGCCGCAACUUCCGCUUGUUGCUGAUGCACCACAUCCAGUGGCUUCAGAAGAAAGUGGAGCAACAUCCACGCAGGGAGCAACACCAUCCAAUACACCUGCUAAUGGAACUGUUGCUAGUAGCUCCUCAAAUAAUGCAGUGCAGCUGUCGCAACUGAAAGAAAUUAUUGCAAGUAUAACGCCACCUGACGGAUCUGGAAGAAAACCUUCAAUUGACUUUACUGAUGUUCUAUGCUGUGCUGAUAAAAUUAACGAUGUUUUGGGGAAAUAUGCUGAGCGACUGACCUGUCAUUUGCCCAAUCAAGAGCCUAUCUACAAUGAACAAGAAGAACUGGAGCAAACACUUCGUACACCUCAAUUUCGGCAGGCAGCUGAUAUUUUCGGCCAUGCCUUGCAGACUGGACAGUUGGCACCAGUAUUGCGACAAUUCGGCAUUGAUGAGAAAACAGCUACAGCUGCUGGAAGUGGAGACAUGAUUGCGUGGGCAACACAGUUUACAGCGAGUGAAAGUGAGGAGGAAAAAGUUGCGAUGAAAAUUGAAACUUCAUCCCAUCCUGACAUGGAGUCGGAUGUUGAAGAUGAGGAAACUAAUGAGAAGGUUGUUCGUGAAGCAGAGAAGAACAGACCCGACGAUCAUAUGGACCUCGAUUAA